AUGUUCAAAAAGUUCAGUUUCUCUGAAAACAUUGCUGGUCAAUCCCAGCUCAAGUCUUCAGUUCAAAGAAACAUUCGUACAAAGUUGAACGAGUUAUAUCCCAAGAUUGAAACUGUCUUGGAAGAGUUGAUCCCCAAGAAGACGCCUAUCAUUCAAAUCAAGGGUCACGAACAUAUUACCUUUCUUUCUGUCAAUGGCGAAAUUCUCUUUUUCCAACAUUUUGAUGGACCUUUCCUCCCUACACUUGCAUUAUUGCACAAAUAUCCCGACAUGCUUCCCAAGUUACAAGUUGAUCGUGGAGCCAUCAAAUUUGUCUUGUCAGGAGCCAACAUUAUGUGUCCUGGUUUGACGUCCAAGGGUGCUCGUAUGGAUGAAGAUUUGCCUGCUGGUGCAGUUGCAGCCAUCAUGGCUGAGGGUAAAGAGAACGCUCUUGCAAUUGGUUUGCUCAAGAUGAGCACACAGGACAUUAAAUUGGUUAAUAAGGGCAUUGGUGUGGACAAUAUUCAUUAUUUGACCGACCCUCUUUGGAGAGAGGUUAUUCACAUCUAA